CACCACCAAACGACGUCGCAUUUCCAGGCGCAUUUUAGCCUUCACACUUUAGAGUAGAGUAUCAUUCUCUCUCCUGUUUUUUUUGGCUUUCUGGGUAUUUUAAUGGAAUUGUCAGAAGAUACCUCCUUUAAAAUCCCAGGUUAUAGAUAGAAUAACAAGGAAGAUUGAAUGAUUAGAGUGAUGGGUUUCAAAUAGAAUUUCCGUACUCUGUUGUUUUGUUUCAAUUAUACCCUCUUCACAUUCUUUGUGAAGUCCACUCCUUUUUUUUACUUCUUCAGCUCCAACUUCAAUUUCUGGUGAAGCAAGGCUAAGUUGUCAGCUUGUGACAUGGGUGUACCUGGGAAAUGGAUCAAGGCGCUGGUUGGAUUGAAGAAAUCAGAAAAGUCUCCAUCCUCAGAGAAAGAUGAAAAUAGAGCAAGAGCUGUUGGUAAAUAUCGACAUCGUAGAAAUCAUUCUAUUGAGAUAGAUAAUCAAACACAUCAAGAAGAACAAGGACAAAAUAAUGACCUAUCUGGGAAUGCAAAUCUCAGGCCGGUUUCUGAUACUGCUACCUCCCCCUCUACUUCUGUCCAAAUUCCUUGUGAAGUUGAAGAACAGCAGAGAACCAGAGAGGAAUGGGCGGCCACAUACAUACAAACUGCUUUUCGUGGAUUUCUGGCUAAGAGAGCUCUGAGAGCAUUAAAAGGAUUGGUAAGGCUGCAAGCACUUGUUAGAGGGCAUGCUGUGAGAAAGCAAGCUGCUAUAACUCUACGCUGUAUGCAAGCUUUAGUGAGAGUUCAAGCUCGGGUACGAGCAAGGCGUGUGCGUUUGGCUUUAGAAAGUCAAACCGAACAGCAGAAAGCUCAUCAACAACUUCUACAGGAAGCACGUGUUCGAGAAAUAGAGGAAGGAUGGUGUGACAGUGUUGGUUCUGUAGAACAAAUACAGUCUAAGUUGCUUAAGAGGCAGGAGGCUGCUGCUAAGCGUGAGAGAGCAAUGGCAUAUGCCCUAGCUCAUCAGUGGCAAGCAGGAUCAAGACAGCUAGCUGCUGCUGCUUCUGGCUUUGAACCAGACAAGAACAGCUGGGGUUGGAAUUGGUUGGAGCGAUGGAUGGCAGUCCGUCCAUGGGAAAACAGAUUCCUUGACAUCAAUCUGAAGGAUGGUGUGAAGAUACUAGGUAAUGAAGAUGCUGAAGGUACCAGUGAGACUAAAAUACAGCCAAAAUCUUCUGGGAAGAAGCCCCUGUCAGCAAAUCUCCCUGGAAAAAAAUCCGCCACAUCGAACUCUGAUGAAUCUUCGACUAGCAAGUCUGCAAACACCCAAGACGUGUCCAAUUCAGUGUCAGCUAAGCUUAAGUCCAAACAAGUUCGUGAAGUCCCCAUUGAAGAAGCCAACUCAAGACCUGCUGCUGGCUCACGGUCCCGCAGUAACCCAAAAGAAAGAAUGAUAGUACAGGAUGCAAAGCCCAAAAAACGUUUAUCUUUGCCUAAUAAUGGAAAUCAAGGAGCACAAACAGCCAAGGCAGUAGCUAAAAUUUCUGGUAAAAAGAAUCCUGGUACACGACAGCCAAUCAAGGAUAAACCAAAGUCGGAUGGAGUUGCUGUAAAAUCUGCCCAACAGGCCAUCGAUGUUUAACCCAACUGCACUUAUGUUAUACGAAGGCCAUCUUGUAAGUUAUCAGUUCUCCCAUUAGUUGUAAAUAUAGUGGUAGCAUGAAGCAUGAUAAGAGAGGAUGAUCUUAUCUUACUACUAGUGGAAAUCCUUGAGGCUUUGGGUAAGCGUUACAGAGAAUAUAAGCUCAUGCCCUAAUAUAUUGAAAUAAACAUGGCGAGGACAUGCAAGUUUUUUUUUUUUUUCAAGGUGUUGUAUUGUGCAAUAUUUUCUCAUUUUUUUUCUGGUGUAUUGUAGUUCUAGUUGUAAAAUUGUUGUAUAAUUUAAAGUGUGUAAUUUGGGCAAAAUUAGUCUUUGAAUCUGCCCUUGUGUAAAUUUACCCAGUGGUGUUGAGUUUUAUGCAGUUUUGCAACUUCAUCAAUA